AUGUGACGACGCCGACCUGCCAGAGUUAUCCAUGACAGCACAUCCCUGUCACAAGAAGUAGAACAUCCGUGUUGACGAGACACCUGUCCAGAUCUGUCAUACCAGGAUGUGGACCUCGCUGUCGAUCAUCAUUUGCGUCUUAUCAGGGGCUGACAUCUGCAGCGGGAGUGCUUCUAGAGAUCUCUCCACGCUCCAUAAUGAGUUCUUUGCGUGGCGAAUGUCUGACAGACCAGUAACGGCCACGACGAAGGGUAUACACAAAUAUGAUGAUCAGCUGGAGUCCUUCAACAUGUCCAUGUUCGACAUCAGAAAGGAGAAGGCCGAGACCCUCCACGCCCGACUGCUGAACAUCUCACAGGAGGACCUGAGCAAGUCUGACCUGGUCAACUACAAGAUCCUGGACGACAUGCUGACCACCUACAUCCGGGGCUGGGCGUGGAGACAAUAUCAGAACCUCAAUCCGAUUAGUUUCAUGGACGGCAUUCAAAGGAAUCCCUCUUCGUUUGUCAACUCCUUACCAUUCUUCACUCGCGGCGACUUCGAGAACUACAUUGCCAGAUUGCAGAAGAUGCCAGACCAAUACGAGGAGUUCAAGGUUUUGAUGACGACAGCAAUGCAGCUGAACAGGACCUUCCACAGGCAGUCAAUGAUUCGUGUUGAGGACCAGUUUAAUGCCUUAAUGGGUCCGACGAAUGAAUCUGUCUUCUACACUCCCUUUCUGGAUACCUUGGACAACGGUACAGUAGACCCGGAUGUCAGGGGCCGCCUGAAGGAGCAAGGGUUGAUUGCAGUUGCUAAUCUCCAGACAGCUAUACAGAAUAUGCAGCAAUUCAUAAACGAUGUGUAUCUGCCCAACACCCGCCCCGAUAUCGGCAUCAGCUCUCUGGACGGAGGACAGGAGUACUAUGAGGCUUGCAUCAGGUGGUAUCUCUCCGUCAACAUGACGGCUCAAGAAGUCCACGACAUCGGCCUCCUGGAGGUGGACAGGAUCGUCGACAACAUGGAGAAGAUCACGAAGAAGCAGGGUUUUGAAGGCAGCGUCAGCGAAUACUUCAAGGACAUCAUGAAUGACACUCGUUUCUUCUUCAACACAGCAGAAGAAAUGAUAGAGGAGUAUGAGAAACAGAUCUUCACCGUGGUGGAACCCGAGCUGGAGACGUAUUUCAGUGACAUGCCAGGGUUGCCAAUUGAGGUCCUGCCGACUCCCAACGAUGGUCCAAUUGGCUCCUACAGCAGUGGGUCAGCAGAUGGGUCCAGACCUGGCAUUUUCUGGGCCAAUGUCCUCCGCCCCGAGUCGAGCCCCAACCUGACCAUGAUGGCGCUCACCAUCCACGAGGCCAACCCCGGGCAUCACCUGCAGAUCAGCUACUCCAUCACAUCAGACACGCCCGACUUCCGCCAGAAGAUGGAGUCCUCGGCUCACAAUAAAGUCCCUUUUGCCUUCCCAAGAUAUACUGCCUUUGUGGAGGGCUGGGCGCUGUACUCCGAGUUCCUGGGCGAGGAGAUGGGGCUCUACAGAGAUGACUAUGAACUGAUGGGACGAUACAGUUCUGAAAUGUUCCGAGCGUGUAGACUGGUUGUGGACACGGGCAUACAUGCCUUCAACUGGACACGCGACGGGGCCAUCGAGUACAUGCUUAACUACACGGCCAGGUCGUAUGAGGCUGUUGCAGUAGAGAUUGACCGCUACAUCACGUGGCCUGGUCAAGCGCUGGCCUACAAGAUCGGGGAGAUCAAGAUUCUAGAGCUGAGACGAAAAGCGGAGCAGGAGCUCGGUGACAGGUUUGACAUCAGGGAGUUUCAUUCUGUUGUCCUCAAAAGUGGAACCCUUCCCCUGACAGUACUGGAGGACCUCGUGAAUGAUUGGCUUGAUUCCUACCCCGACCCAGCCACCCCUGCCCCAGCUACCCCUGCCCCUACCACAUGUGGCACUGUGGGUCUUGCGUCGUCGCUUGUGUGGGUGUGCGGGGUUCUCGGCCUGUACGCCCUCCCUGCAAACCUAUAGGAGGGCAUCACCCUCAUGUGUGUUCCCUGUUACAUUGAUUGUUGUUGACUGUCUAGUAUGUGUUGAUUCCUGGUUGUGUACUGCAUAGCACUUAUCUGUAUGAUCCAGAUCUCGUUUUAUCGAAAAAAUAUAAAUAGUCAGGCUCAUAGGUUCAAUUAAAAAAAUAUCUGGUUUUGCAGCUGUAACUGAAAAAAAUAUCUAAUCUCCAGACAAAAUAGCAACACUGAUAAACAGACUAUCGUCAUCAUCUCACCUAUGUUCAGGUCAGGCAAGUGUUUUUAGAAUACAACAUAAAGGGAAUUUGGAAUCUACAAUCUGUAUACACUAUGUCUCGAUGCCAUCCCGUGAAUACUACCUGUAUCUAUCAUUCACCCGAUGAAGAGUAGAUUUUUUCAGUUAUCAUAGUCUCAGUAUAACUCUGACAGAUGUUUCGUUCGUGUUAAUGCUGCAUGUGUAUAUGCCCAACCCCUGUGGUAUAUGUAUCAUGUAUGUUUCAAAGUGCUAUAUAACGCUCCAUGUGGCGGUCGUAUAUAUCCACAUAAGGAUUUAUCAAGCAGCACCUGAUUAAAAAGACAGUUCCGAAAAAUAUGUACAAAACAUGAUCUGAACCCAACUGAACCACUUUGGGAUUACACUGGCCACCAAGUAGGAGCUAGAGACCCUCCACUUCAAGCUGAACGAACUGACCCAGGCACUGCACCCGGGGGAUCGCAGUGUGGAACGAACUGACCCAAGCAUUUCCCCCGGAGGAUCCCAAUGUGGAACGAACUGACCCAGGCAUUGCACACGGAGGAUCCCAGUGUGGAACGAACUGACCCAGGCAUUGCACACGGAGGAUCCCAGUGUGGAACGAACUGACCCAGGCAUUGCACACGGAGGAUCCCAGUGUGGAACGAACUGACCCAGGCAUUGCACCCGGAGGAUCCCAAUGUGGAACGAACUGACCCAGGCAUUGCACCCGGAGGAUCCCAAUGUGGAACGAACUGACCCAGGCAUUGCACACGGAGGAUCCCAAUGUGGAACGAACUGACCCAGGCACUGCACCCGGGGAUCCCAGUGUGGAGUGAACUGACCCAGGCACUGCACCCGGGGAUCCCAGUGUGGAGUGAACUGACCCAGGCACUGCACCCGGGGAUCCCAGUGUGGAGUGAACUGACCCAGGCACUGCACCCGGGGAUCCCAGUGUGGAGUGAACUGAUCCAGGCACUGCACCCGGGGAUCCCAGUGUGGAACGAACUGACCCAGGCACUGCAUCCGGGGAUCCCAGUGUGGAGUGAACUGACCCAGGCACUGCACCCGGGGAUCCCAGUGUGGAGCAUCAGACGUCUGAAAAGCAGCAUGAGGAAAUGCCUCGUGAGUGUCAUCACUGAGAAUGCAGUUUGUGUUGCUCUUCGGUGCCUUUGAGAACAAUUCAGUGAAUAAUUUUGUUUCUAACUGUACAUUUUGUCAUUUGUAAUAUAUAUUUUGUCUUUUGAUGGGGAUAUCGUCCUUCUUGGUAUUGUUAUCCCAAAUUACCCUAUCAUCCUGAACUGCCAUACCAUAUACGUUCACUCAGCGAAAUACAUAAUCAGCUGCAUGUGCAUACUUAAAAUAAAAUAUUGUUUUACCGCUAAAGUUCUACACCAUUUUACCAUACAAUUACAAAUAAACAUUGCUUCAGUUUUUGUGUGUUUCAGACCAGUA